AUGAAUCGACAAUUCAUAGGCCGACUGGCCAACCAGUCGAAACCGUCUUUACUUGCAGGAUUACCGCCGCCCUACCUUGCUCCUGCAUGGCACACCAAUGUCAUCAGCUCGGCAACAACACAGCACGCGCCCUUCUCUUCCACAGCAAGCAACGCAGCCCGCCGUGGUCCUGACAAGAGUAAAGGCCGUGGUGUCUCAGCAAUUCACAUGACAGGCCCCAAGCAUAAAUUGAGUGCCGCAAAAUAUCCAUUGCCGACCCCAGUCCCUGCAUCCGAGCUUCCUGCGCGCAAAUCGGAUCCGAAUCAUGGGCUAUGGGCCUUUUUCCCUCCGAAUAGACACCCCUUGAGCACGCCAGAAUACGAUUCUACGCACGGACGUCCUUGGUCGAUCCAAGAACUUCGUGGAAAGUCAUGGGAUGAUCUCCAUUGCCUAUGGUGGGUUUGCGCCAAGGAGCGCAACAGACUGGCAACUUCGGAUUUGGAGAGAGACAGACUCAAGGCUGGUUACGGAGAAGCAGAGUCCGUUGAGCGCGCCCGCGCGAUUGUGACUACACAGAAAUCGAUCAAGCACGUUCUUCGUGAAAGAUGGUAUGCUUGGGAGGAUGCGCGAGAACUGCUUGAAACCCAUACGGACACCAUUUUAAACCAUACCGAUCCAGAAGUACCGACAAGCAGUCUUCUGAGGCGAAAACCAAAGUCGAAGAAGGCGAAGAAGGCGAAAACGUCGGAGAAGUAG